CCCAGGGCAGUUCAUCACAGGCAAUCACUGAGUGAGGUUGUCUCUGUAAGUUCUUAGCUAGAACCACGCCCUUUACCGCUCUGGCCACACUACACUAGGAAGUGAAAAAAGUCGUAAACAUCGAUAGAACGCGCGAGAGCCAGCCCAGCCCGCAGCGAGGAAUCAUUUUCAUGUGAUCUUACUACAUAGUCUUCGUUGUUUUUUCACUUCUUGACUGAGACUUUGGACAAAAGUUAUACCUUUCAUUUCAUCAGGUCAAGGAGAUUAGACGUUUACUGUAUUCUUGCCUUCAAGUUCCACGAGAUCGCAAAGAUGAACAAUUUAGAAAAACAACUCUUCAAUUUGAAGUUUGCAGCCAAGCAGAUGGAGAGAUCAUCUAAGAAAUGUGAGAAAGAAGAGAAAGCCGAGAAGCUGAAAUUAAAAAAGGCUAUACAGAAGGGCAAUGUUGACGGCGCCAGGAUACACGCUGAGAACGCAAUCAGACAAAAGAAUCAGGCCUUGAACUUCCUUAGGAUGUCUUCAAGAGUUGAUGCAGUAUCUCAGAGGGUCCAGACAGCCGUUACUAUGAAACAGGUCACUUCAUCAAUGUCAGGGGUGGUCAAGUCUAUGGAUUCUGCAUUGAAGUCAAUGAAUCUUGAAAAGGUCAGUGCGUUGAUGGAGAAGUUUGAAAAGCAGUUUGAAGACCUGGACGUGCAGACACAAGUUAUGGAUGAAUCUAUGGCUGGUAGUACAACUCUCAAUGUCCCCCAGGCUGAUGUAGAUAGUCUUAUGGCACAGGUAGCAGAUGAACACGGAUUGGAGUUAAACAUGGAACUUCCCUCUGGUCAGACAGCAAGUAUUGGUCAGUCAACAGCGGCCUCAGAACAAGAUGAAUUGUCAGCAAGGUUAGCGGAGCUCAGGAAAGCGUGAUGAUCGUACAGGAAAUUCUACUCCAUUCCUGUGAAAUGUAAUUAUUUUGAGAAUCAUUCUAGAUGUGACCAUCUUUUUCUAGAAAGAAUUAUGGGGAUUUGGUAAUAGGCAGAGUAAGUGAAGCCCGCUGCACACUUAAUGUUACGGCUGUCACUUAUUGUUUGAGGAUCAAAAUGCAAUUUGCAGUACAGCUAAUUUUGGAUGUUUAAAAAAUUAUCUGUAAUGUGAGGUUCUAUAAUAAUAUAUUAUAAACUGAAACAUAGCUUUGUUUGAGCUGCAAUCCUUAUGUAUGCAUAAUGACCAUCUUAACUUCAAAUGUCUAUGUCCAAUCAAAGGAAGUAUUGUGUUUUGAUUUAAAGGUCAAGUCCACCCCAGAAAAAUGUUGAUUUGAAUCAAUAGAGAAAAAUCAGAAAAGCACAAUGCUGA